UUUAUUUUAAAAAAUGUUUUCGAGACUUCAUGGAUUUGUAAAUCGUCAUAGACGAAAAUUUAUAGUAGGAGGUAUUAUUGUUGGCGGUGUUAUCUUUGUUAGAUACACAGCACGCAGGCUUCGAGAAUGGCAAGAAAAAGAGAUAAAAGAUAUGUUAGACAGAUCAAAACGACGGCAAUAUUUUGAAUCUACUGAGAGGACAUGCAGUCAUAUGAUAAUGUCUCUUACAUCAACUUUAAGAGUUUCUAUAAUAAAGAUUUUGGAUACUGAUGCUAUUGUAAAUAAGCUUAGAAAUGGUUGUCCUGAUAAAAUAGCAUGUUGGAAUGAAUUAAAAGUUUUAGCAAUUGCUAGAUCUGCUGUAGUAGUAUAUUCAUAUGCUAUGUUAGCAACUUUAAUAAGAAUUCAAUUUAAUGUAAUGGGUGGUCAUGUAUACAAGGAUAUUCAGAAUUCUAAUGAUACAACUACAGAAAAUGUUAUACAAACAAAGUAUAUGUCACUUUCGCGUCACUUUAUAUAUGAUGGGAUUAAAAAAUUAAGUUUACUUAUAAAAGACAAAGUGGCAGAAAUAACAGCAUCUAUAUCUUUAAAAGACGAAUUAACCUUAAGAGAUAUAGAAGAAAUAUAUUGGGCAGUAACAUCUUCUAUUUCUUCAGAUAAUGCAAAGAAUCCUAUAAAAAAUCUUGCCGAAUAUAUGCUACUAUCAAAUUGUGAAGAAGAGCCAACACCUAUACUAUUAAAAUUAUUUAAUGAAACAUUGGAUCUCCUAGAAAGUGAAGAAGUACAAAAUUUGACACAAAGUAAUAUUAGAAAUGGAUUUAAUUUACUAGUAGAUCACAUUUCUGCAUUCUUUAUUGGUUCUCCUAUAAUAGAAAAUGGUAAAACUAUUCAAAAUGGUAUUUCAGUACCAGGAACAUCAAAUCAAAAUAGCACAAACAUGAGGUAUGAUUCAAGUGUGUUUACAAAUAUCAAUAAAGUAUCAAUGCCAAUGGCUAAAAUAAUACCAAUUAUAAAUGGACAAGUACCAGAUAAAUCAACAUCAAAAGAUUUUCAAAGUGAAUUACUACAACGUCUUGUAUUAAAUAAUGAACUUAAAACACUUGGAGCAAAUAUUUACGAAGCAUUUAGUUUUUAAAUAUAAUAAUUCAAGCAUUCAUAUUGU